UCAGAUGACACUGUGUCUAAGUGGCUCUGCUUUUGCACUGCUUCUCUUUACCUGUUGGGAAGUAUCUCUCUCUCUGUCCUCCACCUUUGGACUGUAAAGCUGAGUUUCCUCUUGUUGAGACGACGUGGACUUUAACCUGACCGUGCGCCUUUAGUCCUGUUUGCACUCUUGUGCUGAAUUGGCCGCCUGCCUGCGUCACUGUGAGUCAAAACAAUACGACUUCACCUUCCUGAACUCGCCUCACAUCUGGUGGAUCAGCUGUGAUUUCUGGAGUUGGAAGCUUUUACCUGCAGAGGCCGUGAUUGUUUGUUUCCGUGAGCAGCUCGCGGGGCUGCGUAUUUGGGCAGGAUGAUGGAGGAGGUGUCCACGAUGAUGGCGUACGAUGCCCAAGUUAUGGAACAGAUGAGCGAGGAGGAGAUCCUGGCGUAUCUGGUGGAGGAAACAGGACCUAAAUUCACAGUUCCGACAAAGAAAGCUAAGCUGAGGGAAAGCCGGCUUCAGAUGAUGGAGACUGCAGAAGAUCCUUUGGACGAAUACCUGGAAAACCGUCGUCUCCAGCAGAACAGCCUCCGUCUGGAGCAGGAAAACGACAACCUGGCCCAGCGACUCAUCAGCAGCAAGGUCGCCCUGAGGAAAGCCCUGGACAAGGCAGAGGACAGAGAGGACGAACUCACCAAAGACCUCCUGCGGACCAGACAUCGACUGCAGUCCACAGAGGAGGAGAAGAUUGGGAAGGAAGAGGAAGCUGCGAUGCUGAAGGACUUGUUUCGAAGAGAGCUUGAGAAGGCUGAGCAGGAGGUCAAGAGGUCAUCGGGCAUCAUCGCAGACUACAAACAGAUCUGCUCCCAGCUGACAAACCGUCUGGAGAGGCAGGAGACCGCCCACAGAGAAGAGCUGGAUUCACUCAAGAGUGCAGUGAAGGCUUGUUCUCGCUGUCAGCACAUUGUAGACACUGAUGAACCAUCGUCUCCAGCAGCAGCUCAGACAGAAGGCCUCGUGAUGACCAGAGCUUGGGAUGAGGACAGUGCAGCUCCUAACAAGGCGGAGCAGAGGAGGCAGGAGCAGGAGAGGGAGUCCCUCAGGGCUCAGAUCAGGGAGCUGGAGCAGGAGUUGGCACAGACCAAACUCCAGAUGGUGGAGGCUAAGUGCGAAAUCCAGGAGCUGGAGCACGAGAAGGGACUGCUGUCCAACCAGCUGCAGACAGCAAAGAACAACUGGAUUAGCAAGGCCUUCACGUCCCUGCGGACAUCCAGUGGAGGGACACUAUGGUAUAAGCAUAACCCAGGGACGGGGCCUCAGCAUUUGGCUGGAACCUCCACGGUGGCUCCCUGUCCAGAAAAUAUGUGACAGCUAAGACUGUGGACACUGAUCAGCUGAAAAUAGACAAUAUAGUCUGAUCGAGACUUUUUAAGUGUCAACUGCACACUCUGUUUUCAAUGCUAUCGCUGCUAUUUGUCAUUUUCUACACUAGAGGACAGUGGAGCACAAAUGAGCAGAGGGGAAGUAGCUGAACUGACAGACAACCUCUCUUAUGUCUUUUCACCACUUUCAAAGAACUGCGUUCGCUGAUAAAGUUUUUUUAUAUAUGUAAAACUGUGUGCCAUGUCAGUCUUCUUGUACAUAAUUAUUUCUUCUGUAAACAAGCAAACACAAAUAUUAAAAACAAGUAUGAAACUA